AUGUCUAAAGUAGCGAGACAGUUGAAAUUUCUGAAUAAGAUUAGCUCUACCACGACUGAUGCACAAGUUAUACUAAGCCCUGGGAAAUACCAGCGGUUGUCACUAACAUUUCAGACCAAGAACCACAAUGGACACAUGGGUGCGCGUAAGUUUUGGAAGGACUAUUUGCCAACGAUACAGUUUUACAACCCACAGCUCCGGAUAGACGUCACUAGGAUAAAGAACGAGAGCAAAACAGUGUCUGUGCCAUGCACACUGCAAGCCAUCGGUACAGAUGGUAAAGUCGUCGAAGAGAUAGAUAUGAGCAACAAGCAUGCGCCAGAGAUACUACAAUCUUUACUGCAAAAAUUAGACCAUGAACGUGUCCCAGAAUCGCAAAUCAUAUCGGUGGGCACACAGUCGGCAUAG